UUCCUUCAAAUCUUAGUCUCUCCGCCAAAGACGUUUUUUAAACUUCUUUUUUUCCCCCCGGAAGAGUGAUUCUGCCAUUCUAAUCUUCUGCUCUCGAACUGAUAAAUCCCUUAACCCGAAAACCUCAGACCCCACUUCUCGAAACCUUCAAAUCCGUUGAAAACCAGUAAACCUCCAUCACCGAAAACUAUGGAUUCCUACAGCCCCAAACUUCCAUCUUCUUCCCUUGUUUUCAUUUGUUGUGCUCUGAAAAGUGACUGAGUGUUGAAAAUGCUCUUGUUGUUUGAGACUCCUGCGGGCUUUGCUCUGUUCAAAGUAUUAGAUGAAGGGAAGCUCUCUAAAGUCGAAUCUGGAUUGCAGGACUUGUGGAAGGAGUUUUCAACUUCAGAAUCUGCUAGAAAGGUAGUGAAGCUGAAAGCUUUUUCCAAAUUUGAGAACACUUCUGAAGCUUUGUCAGCAGCAACCUUGCUGAUUGAUAGCAAGCCUAGCAAGGCUCUUCGCAAGUUCUUGCGUGCUCAUUGUGAUGGGGAAACAUUAGCAGUGGCAGACUCAAAAUUUGGAAAUGCAAUAAAGGAAAAAUUGAAAAUAGAAUGUGUGCACAACAAUGCUGUGAUGGAGCUGAUGAGAGGUGUGAGAAGUCAGUUGACUGAACUAAUAUCUGGUCUAGCAGUCCAAGAUUUGGCUCCGAUGAGCUUGGGCUUAUCUCACAGCUUGUCUAGAUACAAGCUAAAAUUUAGCCCUGAUAAGGUGGAUACAAUGAUUAUUCAGGCAAUCGGUUUGUUGGAUGAUCUUGACAAAGAGCUUAACACUUACGCAAUGAGAGUCCGGGAAUGGUAUGGUUGGCAUUUUCCAGAACUUGCAAAGAUUGUACAAGACAAUAUCCUCUAUGCAAAGGCAGUGAAACUUAUGGGAAAUCGUUCAAAUGCUGGAAAACUUGAUUUCUCUGAGAUACUACCAGAAGAGGUCGAGACAGAACUGAAAGAGGCAGCAGUCAUUUCCAUGGGAACUGAAGUCAGUGACCUAGAUCUGAUGAAUAUCAGGGACCUAUGUGAUCAAGUGUUGGCUCUUUCAGAGUAUAGAGCUCAACUAUAUGACUACUUGAAAAGCAGAAUGAAUGCCAUUGCCCCUAAUUUGACUGCUCUUGUUGGGGAGCUUGUUGGUGCUCGUCUUAUUGCACAUGGAGGAAGCUUGUUGAAUCUUGCAAAGCAGCCUGGAAGCACUGUCCAGAUCCUUGGUGCAGAGAAAGCCCUCUUUAGAGCUUUGAAAACCAAACAUGCUACCCCCAAAUAUGGACUUAUCUUCCAUGCAUCCUUGAUUGGCCAGGCAGCUCCAAAGCUCAAGGGGAAAAUUUCUCGGUCACUUGCAGCUAAGACUGCAUUAGCCAUUCGAUAUGAUGCUCUGGGAGAUGGUCAAGAUAACUCUAUGGGGCUAGAGAAUCGAGCCAAGCUUGAGGCUCGGUUGAGGAAUCUUGAGGGCAGAGAAUUGAGCCGUUCAGCUGGAUCAACUAAAGGCAAACCGAAGAUAGAGUUCUAUGACAAAGACCGGAAGAAGGGUGCAGGGGCACUGAUAACUCCUGCUAAGACUUAUAAUACUUCUGCUGAUUCAAUACUUGGACGGACUACUGAACCAGUCAUUGAGAAGGCGGAGAAACAGGAUGAAGACACUAGUCCAAAGAAGAGGAAGCAUGGAGAAGCACCACUAUCUCAGACCCAAGAAGCAGUUGAAGGGGUACCAGUUACAGGUGAUGAGAAGAAGGAAAAGAAAAAGAAGAAGAAAAAGAAGACUGAUGCUGAGGACAUUGAUCUACAAAAUAACAAGGAUAGUGGUGUGGAACCCGAAAGGGAAGAGGCAGAAACUAAAAAGAACAAGAAAAAGAAGGCUGAAGCUGAGAGUGCUGAAAUUCAAAAUGAGGGGCAAGAUGUUGAACCAGAGGCAGAAGGAAAAAAGAAGAAAAAGAAGAGAAAACAUGAAGAAGAAAAUAAGAUGCAAAGCAAGAAGAAAGAGAAAAAGAAGAAUGAUGAGUGAACCUUAUGACAAGCAGGAGGCCUACAUUAUGAAAAAUCCUAUGAUUUUGGAUAUUUUAGGUACUAUUUUUUGGUUUGUAAAGUUAUUUAAUCAAUAUCCUUUUUUAGGUACUAUUUUGAAAACUGGACCAGACCUGACAGUUGGACCGGUUGACCCAGGAACGGUCAGGUAACCAGUUCUGUUGCGCCCUAAAACCUCUUUUUGGUCAAAAAUCGUUGAUUUGAUCAGUGACCCACUGACCCGGGUGGUUGAACUGUCAAUCCAUUGUUUUUGGCCGUUUUUUAUUUUUUAAGUUAUAACGGACUGUCCGUUUGAACUGGA